AAGUUAAAUAAUACAACGAAUGAAUUUGAGUUUUGAAACUAACAAGUAUAAUUGCGACAUAUUAGCUAUAGUUACUACCGUCUAUUGUCAAAUGUAGUCUAUUCAAUACGAAAUUAACAUUUUCUUUUAGUAAAACUCAUCCGAAUUUCGUCAAGUUUUCAAUCGAAAACAUAAUGGUUUUGAAUAAAUCGUUUUGUUUUUAAUGACGAUUAUUUUUGGCUAACGUCCAGUGCUUUUUAUCUUUAAUGAAGAUGAACAUAGGUAAUUUGUAUUGUUUCUCUCGCGCGUUGAUUUACACGGAAAAAAAGACUGUGGUCGGAGAGGGUUUUAAUAAACAAUCGUUAUGUAAUUGCAUUGUAAGCUGGCACGGAGCCACAUAUCUGUGGUGGUUAACUUCAGAAAAACUAUAAAUAGAGUACAGUUUGUUAGCAGUAUGCAUUAGAUUGCAUGGAGUGGGGCUCUCUAUGUUCACUUCGGAAAUUUAAUACAGUUCCGUCUGUGCGUUAAAUGUCUCGUGAGUGAAUAGAUUUUUUCCCCCUUAAUAUUUAUAUUAAUACCUACUAAUAAACAACAUUUAAUAUUUAUUUAAGGUGUAUUUGAAUUUGUGUUAAAAUGAGUGGAGAAGUAUUGGAUUCUGUAAAAAAAUGUGUUGGUGUCAUUAAAGGUGCAAAAAACGAUACUGAAAAAUUUGCUGCCUUAUUUUUGGUUACCAAAACGGUGAAAGCAGAAAAGUGUAAUGCACGUUCAAAACUGGCUUUGUUUGAGGCCAUCGAGUUCAAAUUCAUCAAGAGGCUCCUGCUCAGCAAUGAAGUGCCAGCAGGUUGUCCACCGUGUGUUUACAAAUCUGUUGCCAUGAGUAUACUGACGUCACUGUGCAAUGUCGAAGAGGUAGCAACACAUCGGGAAAUAUUACAAAAUGUUGGUGUUUUUCUUGAAAUUGUACUUAGCGGCGGAGAUGAAGACGAAGACGAAGAAGAUGAGGAUAAUCUUAUGCUCAUCAAUGAGGCAUAUAAAUGUUUAAAUUUUAUCGCACAGUUCGAAACAGGAUUAAAAUCAUUAUUGGAUGCUGGAACAGUUGGUAAAAUGUGUGAAGUGUAUUCAGUAAAAAGCUUUCAAACAGAUGAAGCAUUGGCAUUGUUAGUGACAAUUGUUGAAAAAUUUGGUUCUUCUUCUUGGAACAACAAUGUAAAAAAUUUUAACUCUUUAAUUAAUGUUUUGGCAGUAGAUUUUGAAACAGACCAUAGCGAGCGAAAAUUCAAACUGUGUGUCCUGUUGUCACCACUUUUGAUCAAUUGUCCACCUGAAAUAGGACCUAGUUCCUGUGAUACUGAAAUUUGGCCAUCAAAAGUUUUUGUUGGAUUACGCGAUAUUUUGAUGAGCAAAAUAGUCAAAGCUCAGCGAGAUCCAGCACUCAAAUUAGCUCAGCACAUGCUCACCAUAUUUGGAGUUGAUUGGUCCCUUCAGGAUGAGGCCAAACCAAAAGCUUUUUUUUUACUCUUGAUUCAUUUGGCUUCAAUUGAAAUACGUAUGCAUUUGGAAGACAAAAAAUUUGUUGAACAGGUUUUAGAAGCAGAAAAUUUACUUAGUUCUUGUUUUACAAUACUUGAAAUAUCACUUGCUUAUAUUGCAACAGAUGUAUUGGACUUUGAACAAAAAGAAAAACAACAAACUUACACAGCUCUUAAAGGUGCCUUUACUGCUGUUAUGAAUGUACUGAAAAAUCUUUCCAAUUCAAAAAAACCCUUAGAAAAUAAUGUAAAAUGUUUCAUAUGUGUAAUGCUUAUGUCAUUGUCUGCUUGGUUGGCACAAGAAACUUCAUCAAUGCGGCCAGCUGUGAACAAUAUUCUGCCAUUUGCUUUGCAAAUUGCAAAUGAAUCAUUCUAUGCUUACCGAGCAAAAUAUUUAGCGGAGAAUGCUUUACCAAAUCCAACACCUGCACCAGAGGACCCCUUAGGUGCAGUAGACGUAUUGAGAGCAUUUUUACCUGCUCUGUGUCACAUAGCUGUAGAAGACAAAGGUAGAGAAGUUCUUUUAAAAAUCAAACAAGACGAAGUGUUGCAAGAAUGUUUAACAUUCCAUUGGUCAAUUGCUCAUUAUAAAAAACCAGUGAUCCCUAAGUCAGAACGUUUAAAGCCGAGGGGUCCAGAACCAGAGAUUCCAGAAGCUCGUUUGAAAAAAAUGGCCGAUUCUCGUGGAGCAAUUAUUAGUAUUUGUAACACAUUUAUGAACAUUUGUGUAUUAGAAGUGGACUACGUUAAGAAUAGUCCUCUGUUCUUCACGUUAUUGAAGUUUAUUUUUGAUAACUUACCGGAAUUAAAAAAUAACCACGAAAACCUUGUAAUGUAUGGAAACAUGGCAGUACUGGGUUUGCUUCUAUUAAAACUGAAGACUGCUUAUAUUAAAAAGAAUGACUUUUCCAUUUGCCGAUAUAUCCAAGCAACCAUUAGGUUCUUAUGGGAUGCAUACAGCGUUGAUGAAAACAGUGGUAGUGGCAGCUCACGUUAUAAGAUGGGUCAGCUAGUUGUCACCAUGAACUACAAAGAGUCAUGGAUGGAACUUCAGGAGUUAUGGUUUUUAGGCAUGCAAAAUUUAAGUGGUAUCCUAACCCUUGUACCUUGGAUAUCCGAGUUUGCUAUUGAGAGUGGUUGGGCUGAAGGAAUAAUUGAUAUGCUUGUAAAAAUCAAACCAAACACGCUACCAACUAACGUUAAGUAUGCAUAUGAAGACUUAUUAUGUCGACUAAUUGAGGCUAAUGGCGAUCUAGUGGUUAUGUUAAAAAAAAAAGAUGCUAUCACAGCGUGUCGAGGUCACAAAUUUAUGGAAUUGGGAAAAAAAUUGUUUGGCGAAUAAUAACAUAAUUUAUAUAACAUAAAACGUGUUGUUUCUCAUAGCAUUUAUAUUUUUAAAAAUAUUUAAAUUUAAUUUUACUUAAAAAGUAUCUUUUGUGUAUUUUUAUGUUUAAUAUCUCUGGAAAAUUAACUUAACGGACAAUGCUCGUAAUCUUAGCUACAGAGCUCAUUAAUAAUUUUAUAAAAAAAGUGUUUGAAAACUGAUAUUCUAAAUUUUCAUAUCAACAAGAUUACUUAUUACAACUAUAAAAUAGUUUAUACAUAAAAUGUAAACUAGGUAUAUAAGUGUCUUAUUUUUUAACCUAUUUAUAAUAUACAUAUCAUUUGAACAAAACGCUAUGUUGGUUGACUUAAUAGUCAAUUGGUACUAAAUUUCUCUAGCAUUAAUAUAGUAAUAACAUAAUACGA